AUGGCCGUCCUUUCAAAGCUCCAACUGCUGGGUCAAACGCUGACGCUCAAGCAGUACGCCCCAGGCGUUCUAGGCCUUUUCGCCGUUUUUGCCAUCAUCAAGACUUAUUCCAAGAAUAUUCAGUUAUUUUUACUCCUGAAGCUUUUGAAAGAAUUCUAGUUUUACAGCUCAAAAUCAAAAAGAGGCGCCGUUUCUUUGCACCACAAGCAAGAAAAUCGUUCCAAAAGCGCCAAAGCUCAUGUCGACGGAGUUUUUGUCAGGAAAUUGCUUCGGAUUCUGAGAAUAUUGGUUCCUGGCUUCUUUUCGAUGGAGGUAUGUUUAUUCUUUGUAAUGAUUAUAAUAUUAUUUUUUUAUUACAUUUUUUUGAAACGUUUGAAUUUUUUCCUUAAUGUUUUAAUGUCAAAAUCACUUCCUUUGUCCAAAUUUUGGCUGUCAUUUAUUCAUCGUUAUAAUGAUUUUUCUCUUUCCUUUUAUAGAUUUUUCAUGCCUUAAUAAAUGCAAUUUCACUAAAAUAUUCAUCAAAAUUAUUAAAAAUAAUAUUCAAAAAGAUUUCUUGGGAAGAUUUCUUACAAUACGUUUGUGUUAUAGGGUCAAUUAUUGAAUUUAACACCUUUUUUCGAAGAUUAUUGAUAAUUUUGGUAUAAGUUGCUCAAUAAUUUAUUUUUAUGGCCUCACUUUUAAUUUAUGUUCUAAUUUUAGAGUUUCGUUCAACUUUUUAGUGUUAAACUUCACUUUUUUAAACCAUUCAUCAUUAUUUAAAAACUCUAGAAUGGUCCCUUUAGGGGCAACCUGAAAAGCCCUUCGAGGGCCCCCUCUAGGGACCACUUUACCAACCCCUAACACUUGAAAAAAAGUUACCCCUAGAGGGGACAUGCUAGUCGAUAGUUUUUAUAAAAUCUAAGCGAAGAAGCAUUUCCAUGAGAAAAACUAAAUAAAUAUUCGUUUUUUGAAUGAAAUUGAAAGACCCCUAUAGGGACCUCUUAAGCUUUAGGGGGGGAAGGGGUCAGACCCUAAACUCCUCCAGGUACCACUUUAGUUUAACCCCUAUAGAGACCACUUUUUCGGUCUCUGUAGGGUUUUUUUUUCCCGCCUAACCUCCCUAGGGACCUCUUAAGCUGUAGAAGCUAAGCGGUUAGACCCUAAACCCCUACAGGGACCACUUAAGAUCCCCCUAUAGGGGCUGUUUUUCCCCUAACCCCUAAAGGGAUCACUUUGAAUUUCCUAAGUAUUGAAUCUAGAAUCUAACAAAGAAAAAAAAAAUCCAAAAAAAUGGCCUUUUUUGGUAACAGACGCUCAAAAAUCGGUGAAUCAUACUUUUAUCAUGUUUCCUUUUUCAGUAUUUUUAUAAAUACGUUUACAAGAAUAAGACAAUAAUAUUGAAAUGGAAUAUGAUUUUCAGACCUUUUACCUGCUCCUAAUAGCCGUCUCUCUACUGUGCCGCACCUACGCCGACGUUUAUCAAAUUAUCACAUCGACUAAAAUCGAAGCGUUCGCUUUUUAAUGAAAAUCCCGAAAAAUAACGAUUUCUAGAGCGAUUAUUGACCGAAAUCCGUUGCUUUUCGCUUUCGAGGCGUUCAAAUACGUUUUGAAUUUGCCGGCGAUUUCUGUCGUCAACACUUUGCUCAAGGUUUUUUUUGAGACUUCGUCAAAAAUCAAUAAUAUUUUACAGUUCGGACUUUCUGAACUGAAAUUGCGGUUCCGUGAGCGUCUGUCCACGCAUUUGUACGCCCAAUAUUUGAAGUGAGUUUUGAAAAAUUAAUAAAAGUAGUCAAUAAAAAAAAAGAUACCCCCAGCAAUUCUCAACUUUGAACUUUCGGAGAAAGGUCGCUUUAUUGAUAAUUUUUUUGUUUAACCGCUAUUUUUCAUAUAAAAACCUUUUUUUUUUAAUGUCUAUUCAGCCAUUUUUGAGCUUUUUGGUAAGUCUUUAACGAAAAAGGGCCUUGAAGCGUUUGACGAAAUAGUGUGCCCAGAUGAGAGGUUCUGUCGGGGCUAAGUGAUUCUUUGAAGGAUUUGUGCUUUUUUUAAUCGAAAUUUUGGAUGAUAAUGGAAAAAAGCGAUAGACACCAGGUCUUUACAGUUAAAAAUCCGAUUCUAGUGCUGAGAAAAUACACUUUAAAACGGGCAGGACUGAAAAAAAAAACAUGUCUUGAGAAUAUUUUAGUAAGUUACUCAGGCAAAGUCGAAAAAAAGGCGCCAUAGAAAUGUUCCUUUUUGCUGCCUUUUUGCGCCAUUUCAUCGGCUUUUUUGCACCAUUUUUGCAGCCUCUCCAUUUUUCCACCAUUUCUUGAGCCUUUAAAAUCCUAGAAAAAAUGGAAGGCUCGAUAAAGGGACCCUUUUUGCUGCCUUUUUUGAGCCUCUCCCUUUUAGAGGCCAUUAUCCGCCAUUCCGACUUUGCCCGAGUUGGCAACUUUGAAGGAAAAUGGUCUUGUCGGGUUUUGCGAAUUGGUAACAUAAAUUUUACGCCUAAAAACUUAGAAAUUCGUUGAAUUUCGAGUAUUUUCAUUUUUCUACAUGAUCUUAAGGGUGAAAUGUACCAUUAAAUACCAUAUAUAUACCAAUAAAAUAUACCAUUCAAUUCCCAGAGGCUUCACUUUCUACAAAAUGUCGAAUUUGGACACGAGAAUCCAGAACGCCGACCAACUCUUGACCCAGGAUGUUGACCGAUUCUGCGAUGGUAUCGUCGAACUUUACUCUAAUUUGUCCAAAGUUCAAACUACAAAUAAAAUAAUCAUAAUAAAAUAAGAAAUCCAGCCGAUUCUCGACGUUUUCCUGUACUUGUUCCGCAUGGGAUCGUCACUCGGAUUUUCGUCUCCAGCUAUUUUGUUCAGCUAUUUGAUUAUCACUGGAGCGUGCUUGACCUACAUGAGACGGCCGGUAGGUUUUUGGGUCCUCUAAGGGGUCACUUUAGGGAAAAAUUUCGAAUUAAAAGAAUGGGUUAGUGCAGGCUAUACAUUGAAGUAUGUGUGAUACAGCAGUCUUUUUUUUAAAGAGUUUAUAAUGACGUCAUCGUUUAUCACGAUAAAAUCGAUAAGGUUCUUAGUGGCCACUUUAGGGUUUUCUGAAAAUAUGAGUCUGUUCCAUUUUGUCGCAUUUUUUUGAAUCAGUGAGAGGCUACUUUAGGGUUUUUUUUUUCCUGCUUUCAGAGCGCUUAAAAUUCUCCUAAUCUUAAUUUAGAUGCAUGCGGCCUUUUUUCUUCCUUCAAGGGACUACUUAAGUACUCCAUUUUCCAGAUAGGACGCCUGACUGUUGAAGAGCAAGCUCUUGAAGGCGAGUAUCGGUACGUCAACUCGCGGCUCAUCAUGAAUAGCGAGGAAAUCGCCUUCUAUCAGGUUGGUCGAAUGGCUAAGAGCCUUGGUUGUUGAUCCGGAGGUCCUUGGUUCGACUCCUCAAUUUUUCAGGGCAACGAUCGAGAAAGGCAAACCAUCAUGACGACUUUCAAUCGGCUGGUUCAGCACUUGCGGAAAAUCAUUCUGUUCAGGUGACGUCAUUUUAUAAUUUAGCGGCCACUUGAGUGUUUUUUUUUCUUAUUCUUCUUAAAAAAAUUUUAUGUACAAACAGUCAUUGGGAAAUUCGUAAUAUUCAUAAAAUGUAUUUCGUUUAUCGCUAUUCGUUUAUCUAGAGUGAUGACGUCACAUCCCUACUGAAUGACGUCAUUUAUAAGUCUAGGUUGUUUGUGACGUCAUUUUUCAAAUUGACUGGUCUUUUUUAUGAAAUUUCGACUCAUUAGCUUUUUUUCCACCCAAUAAACUUUCUAGAGUUUCAAAAUUUACUGCCUAACCUACAGAAAAAUUCCGAGGUUUUAAAAAUUUUCAUCAGAUUUAUACUCUAGAAUCAACUCUGAAUAAGUUUAGGUUUUCAAUCGGAUUUGUUGAUAAUAUCGUCGCAAAGUACUUGGCUACGGUAGUCGGAUGGUAUUCCAUUGGAACCUCAUUUUUCGACCGAAACCAUACCCCUUUCAAGGGCAAAACUAGGAACGAGCUUAUGCAGGUCUUUAAAUUUUUUUUUUCGAGAAGUAGUUGUUUUUUCAGGAGUAUUACAACUCGGGCCGGAUGAUGUACAAGAUGGCCGAGGCUUUGGGACGAUUGGCUCUGGCUGGAAGGGAUUUGACGAGACUCAGUGGUUUCACCACUAGAGUGGACACUUUGAUCAACGUUUUGGAGGAUGUUGAUACUGGUGAGUAAUUGAGGUUCAUAAAAGUCAUUUAUAAAGAUUUCAUGAAUGGCCUUUUUUUAAUAUUGGUUUUUACGUCAAAAAUUCGCAGCGCCUAAAACGCUAAAACUGAAAAAGUUGGAAAUUGGCAGCGCCCAAAAAUUAAAAAUUGGCAGCGCCUAAUACAGAAAAACGAAAAAAAUUGGCAGCGCCUAAAACAGGAAUACGGACAAAUUUGGCAGCGCCUAAAAAAGCAAAACUGACAAAUUUGGCAGCGCCUAAAACGGGAAAACUUAAAAAAUUGGCAGCUUUUAAGAAACGCCUGACCAACAAGUAGCGCUUGAGUUUUGACAACUAGCGUACUCAAAUUAAAAAAAAAUUCAAGAUUUUUUUGUUUUUAUAGCCGGGAAACAGUCGCAGUGGGGCUUCUGAAUAAGACGAUUGUAGUUUUUCACGAUGGUUUCAAAUUUUGAUGUCAAAAAUUGCCGAUGAAGCCUCCUUCAGAACAUAUCCCAAAAGUUAGAAUUAUGCCUCAAAGUUCAAAAAUUUGAAUGUCCUCGAGUUCAUGUCGAAAUAAGGGUUUUUUAAAGUCGCUGACGUAUGAAGAGAAAGUGGCGAGCAAUACCAUAUUGUUGAAAUAGCCCCUUUUGUUAAAAAGCGGGCAUUACUUAAUCCAUAAACCUUUUUUGCAUUUUUUAAGCACAGCGUUUUUAAAUCUCUAGUUUUUCCUUAAUUAAAAAUCUCACUGCGUGUUUAAACAAAGCUCUGGCUACAGAAUCGUCAAGUUUCCGGAGAAUUUCGGUAAUUUUUAACUUAGACGCAUUUCAGGAGCUCCAAAUCAGUCUGUAAAGGGAACGGCCAAGUUUUAUUAUUUUUUACUUGGGCGCUGCCAAUUUUAGGAAUUCCGCUUUAUUCUGAUAAUGAACCGGCAAAUUUUCGAAUUUUUUAAAGCUCUCUUCUUUUUUUUAAGGCUUUUAACACUUCAUAGAAUGCUCGGCUUCCUUAAAAAAAAUAAAAUUCAGGAAAAUAUGAAAGGACAAUGGUCAGCGACAAGGAAUACAUGCUCGACGGCGAACAUGUGUACCGACCUGGCGCGGGUUUCGCCAUUCUGAAAGAUUUGCAAAAAAUUGUCAUCAUUCUACAGGAGAGCUCGUGAUUGAGGACAAUGUGAUUCGAUUCGAAGGGGUACCUCUAGUGACACCAAAUGGAGACGUUCUGAUCGACAGUUUGGACUUUGAGGUGACAUAAAUGGAAACCGUGCGGCAACCACGAAAAUUUAUAGGUGCCUUCUGGUAGAAAUGUGCUGGUCUGUGGACCCAACGGCUGCGGAAAAAGCUCCCUUUUCCGAGUUUUGGGCGAACUUUGGCCGCUUUUCGGUGGAAAGUUGACGAAACCGGCCAAAGGAAAACUAUUCUACGUUCCUCAGGUCCGCAUUUCAUCAAUUGCUGGGUUGAUUCAUUGAUUUCAGAGACCCUAUAUGACACUCGGAACCUUGAGAGAUCAGGUUAUCUAUCCGGACAAACCAUUUGACAUGAUUCGCAAGGGUUUGACUGACCACGACUUGGAGAACAUGCUUGAUAAGGUUUGAAAGAAGGCCACGCCCAUUUUUCUGCGCAGCGGUUAUUUUUUUACCUCUUACACCUCUUACAUACAGUUCCGAAGUGUUCUAAAAGAAGCUCGAAAAGAGAUAAGUGAUUUGCAAAAAAUGAAGCCACGCCCAUUUUUCUGUCCCUCGGUUAUGCUUUUUUUUUAAGAUCAAAUCUCUUACAUAAAGUACCAUAGUGUUAGAGAAGAAGCACGAGAAAAUUUUUGCAAGUUAGACUAGGUAACUUGAAGUCACGCCCCUUUUUCUUUGCUGCGUUUUUUUCAAGGUCAAAUCUCUUUCGUACAGUACCGUAAUGCUCUAAAAGAAGCUUGAGAAAUUUUUUGCCAGUUGGACUAGGUAACUUGAAGCCACGCCCAUUUUUCUGCGCCUUCAUAAGGAUUAUUCACACUUUCAGGUCCAACUCCGUCACAUUCUGGAUCGAGAAGGCGGAUGGAACUCUGUACAAGAUUGGAUGGACGUCCUUUCUGGCGGAGAAAAGCAGAGAAUCGCUGUGAAUCCCGAUAAAAUCGAUAAAAUCAAUCAAUAAAUAAUUUAAGAUGGCCCGAUUAUUCUACCACCGGCCCCAGUUUGCCAUUCUUGACGAGUGCACCUCUGCUGUUAGUGUUGACGUCGAAGGUGGGGCGUGGCUUAUUUGCAAGUGCCGCACGGUUUUUCAGGCGCAAUGUACAGAACUUGUCGUGAGAUGAACAUCACAUUGUUCACUGUUUCUCAUAGGAAGGUUGGACUUCAAGAAAGAAUAUUUUGAAUAAUUAUGAGUUUUCAGUCCCUCUGGGUCCAUCACGAGUACUCACUGUACAUGGACGGCCGAGGAUGCUAUCGUUUUGAGAAAAUCGAUGACGACACGGAUCAAUUCGGAUCCUAG